AUGCAUCAGCUUCGCACCAACGCUACCAAGAUAGACAACAAGACUAGUUACAGCUGCGCACUGAGCGCCUAUAACACAACCAAGCAUGUCAAUAUCAAAGCAUUGAACGAGUCCAUGAUGCGACGCCGAGUAAAAAAGGGUUGCCCACCCCAAAGAGUCAAGGUCGUUUGCCACGUCACUUGCAGCAUGAACAAGCAAGUCCCGGGGGGAGCCGACGUCAUGCUGCCCUAG